UGGAAAUACUAUAUAUAAACUGAUGAAGAUGCUCACUUUAUCAAGACCAGUUUCAAGUACGGAUCGUUUAUUCGAUUUCAGUGUUAUUUUAAAGUUUUGAAGAUGAAGGCCGUACUACUGGUGUGUGUGCUGGCUGCGCUGGCGGUGGUGCAGGCGUCCGUGGUCAGAGCUCGACCCGGGACCAGGGCUAACCUCAACCUCGGCGUCGCCGGGGUUGGCGACAGACUGCUGCACAGACAAUACCUCUACCAGCCAGCGAUCCCGAACACAGUGCAGUAUCAGGAUCUGGUCUACCGGGGUAAUAGUACGACAAGAAUCAGUGUUAUCCAGGCCUACGAAGUGGGUUCUACUCAGUACGCCAGUGUUUGGCUGAUCUCAGGAGGGAUUGGCCGCAACAACGCGACUCUCAGGGUGCAGUCAGCGAGGGGUUACGGGUACUACUACCAGGUUGGUAUCUGGGGACGAUAAGACUUAAUAAAUAAGUUAUGUUCAA